UUGUUCGGGGGCGUGUCCCCCUAAGAAGGCGCGGGGCGCAGUCGCACGGCCGCCGCCGCCGCGAGCGCAGUCCCACGUCCGUUUCAAACACAUUUUGACGUUUCAAUCUGUCACAGCUGUCCAUCGCGGUUCGAAAUUUAAAAAGAGAAGACAGUGCGUACUGAUAACAAUGCGACGGUACUCGGAAUCGAAUUAAGAAAUCAUGCUAAUGAAUCGUUCGGACCGAUAAAUAUUAAUGCCAUAUUCAAAACUUGUGUCAACUGUGUCUGACAUUCAUAUAAUCGCUUCGGACGUUUGUAGUUUAAUGAAUUUAAAUCGUGUACGGACUGCAUAAUUUGUUGGGACAAACGCAUUGUGUGUUUUCGACUCGUCGUUCAAUAGGACUGCGUCACGGUUGAUUGAGAUUUCUUUACGCCGCGGGUGGUUUGGCGUUGUGUUUUGACAGGUGGUUUAUGACAUGGCUUUUGAGGACCGGUGCAGUCCAAACCAGGCCAACAGCCCUGGGCCUGUCACUGGAAGAGUCCCCGUCCCUCAUGGGGAUAGCCAGGUCAAUUACUGCCCUCCAAGCCAAUACACCUGUACCACAAUCGAGCCGAGGUACGAGAGAAACUUACCAGGCAUGACAAUAGUCAAAGUGCAACCUAACUCACCACCUCCAAGCCCUGAACAGAAUCAGAGUGAAAUAGACAACUACCAGAACUACUACAGACCUGACACUCCGGAUGUAAAGCCCCAAAUACAUGACGAGCAGAGGUUUGAGCCGGAUAAAGCGAGAAAUCAAAGAGCGCAGCCGUCGGCUCCAAUAGGCUUUUCAAUAACUAACAUAUUACACCCUGAAUUCGGUUUGAAUGCACUUAGGAAAACGAACAAAAUCGAAGGGCCAAAACCCGUCGGACCUAACCACAGUAUCUUGUACAAACCUUACGACUUGUCAAAAAACCAGAACGAUUACCAGAAAUACAGUUUUGAUUAUUUGAAAUCGAAGGACACGAACGAUUUUAAUCGAUUACCGCCGCUCGGUGGGUUGAGACAAACCGUCUCUCAGAUUGGCGAGCAUAUUCAAAAAGAGAAGGAGUUACCAAAGAUUGUAGAAGCACAGAAGAGGCCAGAUUCGGCCAGUUCGAUUGUUUCGUCGACUUCCAGCGGGGCGCCGUCGACCUGCGGAAGCACGGAUACGAACAGUCAAGUUUCUCAGGGGAAUGCGACACUAUGGCCUGCUUGGGUUUACUGCACAAGAUACAGCGAUAGGCCUAGCUCCGGUCCAAGAAGUAGAAGGACAAAGAAGAAAGCGACUACAGAAGAGAAAAGACCCAGGACUGCAUUUAGUGCAGCGCAACUUGCUAGAUUAAAGCACGAGUUCGCCGAGAACCGUUACCUGACGGAGCGGCGGCGGCAAUCGCUGGCCGCAGAGCUGGGGCUCGCGGAGGCCCAGAUCAAGAUCUGGUUCCAGAACAAGCGCGCCAAGAUUAAGAAAGCGUCCGGUCAGCGGAACCCGCUCGCCUUGCAGCUGAUGGCGCAGGGCCUGUACAACCACAGCACAGCAACAGAAAGUGAUGAAGAAGAAGAAAUCAAUGUAACGUAGAUGAAGGAAGAAUCUGUUCUUUUGUGUUCUCCAAGUUGAGAUCUAUGAGAGUUGACUGUUUGUAUAGAAGUAAAUUAAUUAUGUGAAAUUUUAACAUAAGUGAUGAAAUAUGUUACAAGUCAUACAGUAUUAUAAUUUUUAUAUUGGCUUUACUUACGUAUUCAACUGUUACGCUCGGGAUACAGUCGUGAGCCGCGCUCAUAAAUAAGGGCUUCUAUCGAGCCUGAAAAAAGUCAAGCCGAGGUUAAUACGUGAGUAAUGCAAAUAUAAAUAAUAAUUAUUCAAAUCUACACGUUGUAGUACAGUGCAGGCGACAGCUAAGAUUUUUCCAGUUUUAUUAUUAUUUUUUUACUGUAAAAAGUAAAAAGUAGUAGGUGAGAUUUUUGAAGUUGGAAAUUAAUCUAAUAAUUGUAAACGAUCAAAUGUUUUGUUGAAUCUGUAAAUUUUAUUUUACUAAUGUUUUUCUAUGGGUUUAGUCGCAUAUUACAUGCAGAAUACAGUUGUCGAGUGUCACUCUUGGCACAUUGUUGCCUCUUAGGACUGAAGUAUGCCUCUCAUAUCAGAGAUUGCCCUGGCUGUUUUACCCUUCAGAACAAGUCCUGCUUCAUUAAAGUAAAAAUCUAUAGGAAAAGCUUUGGUAAUCACAACAACAGUCACAGUUGAAUUACUGAAGUUUGAAGAAAAAUUGAUUAAUGGAGUCAAACUACUUAAUAUUCAUAUAUUUAAAUUGAAUUAUGAAAUUAUUAGUAAUAAUUAUGUAAAUAUAAUUGUUGGUUACAUUUUUGGUGCAAAUGUUAAUUUAGUAGAUCAAGGAGCUUGUUAUGAGGGCUUAAAAUAUGACAGUUUUACAAUUUACAUCAUAGACAAAACAAGUCAGUUUGUAAUCAUGUAAGAAAGAAAGAAAAAAUAGACAUUUUAUUUUUAUCAAAUAUGCGACAACAAAUGUGUAGUUAUAUGUGACUUACAUCUAUGUUCUAUCUAUCAUUAUUAUAUCUAUGUUAGACCAAACAAAUUGAAAAAAUAUAUAAUAAGCCUCGACAACAACUAAAUUAUAGAUUUUGUAUGGCUAAUGGUGGAAGUAAGUGUUAAUGGAAAAUUAGUACAAUAAUUGGCAUCAAUAUUAUUGACCAUAGACUAUGUUUAACAGUCAAUAAAUAUAAUCUAUGAUCAAGAACAUCUGGUAAUUUAAGAUUGUGUUUCACAAAAAGAAAUCGACUUUAAUUCUAGCAAAACUAGAUAUUUUGUUGGAGAUAUUACCAUGGUAAUUACCAUAAAAAAAUACAACAGUAUUGAAAACUUCCUUCUUUUUUGAAGUUGGUUGAGAAUAUAGAAAGAAUUGCGAUAGGCAAUCAUAUCUAUGGUAUGAAUUUAAUUUAAACAACCUUUGCCCAGCACUGGUAUUACACAAAUGUUAUAUAGUCAAAGCACACUGAUGGUAGAAAUAUAAUGUUCCUUUUUUGUAAUAUACUUAGUAUAAAUUAGUUUUAAUGUAUUUAUUUUUAACAUUAAAUCGGAUUUUGGUUAAUAUUUUUAAACAUACAAAUAAAUUACUAAUUAAUUAAUCAAAUUACGUUUAAUAUUUGUGGACAUAAAUAAUUUAUUUUCUCGUUUAUUGGGUGUUUUAAUAAAUUUAAAAAUUACUAGUUCUAAUUUUAAAAAAGAAAUUACAGUUAGAUGAUAAAUUUUAAUUGUAUAACGAUGCGAUAUGAUAACCAACUAUGUAGAAUAAAGUUUAAGCGGUACGAAUGAGCUAAUGCGUCAGUACUGUAGUGCCUAAGCCUAUCUCUAAAUAUUUUAAAUUGAUAAUUUAACGAAAAUAUAUCAGAAAAAUUAAUUAAUUCUUACUCAUAAAUAAAUUAAUUCAUUUAUAAAUACAUAUUUUUACAUGAAAUUUACAAUAUUACUUUUUUUAAAUCUGUUAUAAAUUAACGAUAAUAAAAUCAAUUUGUAAUAGAUUUAAAUUGAUCAUAAAUUUGAUUAACAUUGAUCGUUAGAAUAAUAAUUUUGUUAUAAGAUAUUAAAAUAGGGUAUGGCACUUCAGAACCGGCACCAUCUGUAGUAAACCAUAGAUUAUAAAAUAAAGAGUCUUUCAUUAAUUGUACAGAACGCUGCUUUAGAAUUUGGGUUAGAAAUUCAAUGUAUGUAAUUCGAAAUAAGUCUUAAUUUAUUUGAAUUACAAAAUAUUAAAUAAACAAUAAUUAAUGUGAGAAAAUAAGAUAAAUUGUGGUCAUUAAAUAAUAAUUAAAACAUAAAAUUUAAUCAGAAAAUAAGAUUAAAUGUUGUAAAUAAUGUAAAGUAAAAGAUUUUUAAUUAGUUUUUGGGUAAAUUAAUCUAUUUAUGUUGAUGUAAAUACAUUUUAAUUAAUUUCUGUUACAAAUUUCAUUAGUCAUAUAUUAUCUUCCAUUCUUCUUAUUUGUAUGUAUAUAUUUAUUGAAAAUUAUAAUUGUGACUGUGCUAGGUGUAAUUGUAAAAACAAGAACAACAAAUUAGUAUAAUAAAGAAUAUUAUAAAAUA